AUGAAUUCAAAUAGUCUAGUACUCAAGGACCUUCUAGACCAAUUGGAAAGCAUCCCUAGUCGUACAGGUACUCCUCCUCUGGAACGUCCUUUAUUGCUUGAUCGACAACUUUCUCCGUUAAUUAACUACUUGACACCAUUCCAGAAACUCCAAGACACCCACAGGUUUAGCAGAGUGCAAUGGCUAGGAGAAGAUCAAGGGAUCCAUGAUGAGGCGAUCGUUAUAGUUGAUGGCAGCAAUCUACAUAAACAUCGAUACGGUCGUCAUCGGACUGUUUACUUGAUUGUGGCUAACCUUGAUAGAAGUGACUUGUAUCGUUUAAAAAUGGCUUAUGAUGGAGACGAGGACGAUACUGGCGGAGAAGAUGAUAAUAACAUUAAUAUUAAUAUUAGUGUUAGCGAUAAUGAUAGUAGUAGGGUGGAACGUAUAAUUCAAUCUCAGGUAUUUGAUAAUGUUACUUAUCCUGUUCUGGUUGACCACAUCCAAGUCUACCUGUGGCUGAUACCAAUGAUAUAUAAACAUAAUGUUUACAUGACCAAUUUGCUGAACUCCAAUAUAGUGGAGACCUUUUUUGAAAACCCUUUGAAGGUGGUCAGUGAAACGUGUAAGUGUGUCCAAUUGCUUGGGUUGAAGUUUGCAAAUAUGUACGGGAAAGGUGAUUGGAGUGAUGUCUUUAUAAACAUGUACAAGAAUGAAAUGGUACCUGAUUUCAUAGCCAGACAACAACCUGAAGCUCGACGAGUAUAUUUGGGGGACAAUGAGAUGGACUCUGAGGAGUUUAUAUUGCUGAAAGAACAUGAAUUGGUUGUUUUUGAUCGUGAUAUUGACUUAUUCCCCUUAGUAUUAGUCCAAUUGACAUAUAGAGGUCUAGUGGAUGUGGGAAUCUCGGGAGAAGAUGAGCUUUAUAAUGAGAUAAAGGAUUUAAACUUUGCUACCGUUGGCCACCAAUUAAACAAAUUGGCAAAGGAAACUCAAGGACGAUAUCAACUGGUAAAUCGAACAAUCCAAGAAAGCGAUGGAGGAUCCGAUUUGAAAGCUCUAGUGAUUGAAUUGAACCAAUUGACCAAGAAGCAAGAAAUGGUGAAACGUCAUACGGAACGAAGCGAAGAUUUAGUUGGCCUGUUCAAUGAGCCUCAUUUGGAAUACCAAACUCAAAUGGUCUGGGACUCAAUUGAUACCAAAGAUCAAGUGAAAUUCAUGCCUCGAGGGGUUGGUGUCAAAGAUUCUCAAGAAAUGUUGAGCAACGUGUUACUUAUGUAUUUGAAGAAUGGGGGGCAUGUAAAAGAGGACGUUUUAAUGCAGAUUCAUCUUCAAUACGGACUUUCUAAGGUGGUGGAGAUGGAGAAAUGGCUUCGUUGGUUCAAACCCAAAUGGGAUUUUACCACUGUUAGCAAAUACUGGAACUUGAUAGGAGAAUCUGAAGAAAUGGACACCACUACUACUAAUAAUAUUGUCACUUUGGAUAAUACAAAGGCACCCACAAGUGAAUCUGAAGCACUUUUAGAGAUCUACAAAAGUCCCAACUAUGCCAUUGCUGGGAACUAUGUUCCUUUAACAUAUCGAUUAGUGGAAGCUUUAUAUUAUCGAGAGUCACUUAGACAUCCCAUAGGUAAAGCUGAUCGCAGACCAAGUUGGAACCAAUUAAGUAUAGAGAUGAUAGGCGGAAAAACAAGAGAAGAAGCCUUAACCACUACUAAUAAUAAAACGAUGGUAUCCGCAAGUGGGAAACAUGGGUAUUCUUAUCUUGUAGUGGUUUUACUAGGAGGAGUAACGUUUGCUGAAAUAAGUUUAUUCAAGUAUCUUGAGGGAAAACUUGCACAGCGUGGGGUGAGGAAGCGGAUCAUUCUCGUUAGCAAUGGGGUUGUUAGACAUCUUUAG